GUGCAUUGUGGGACAGUGGCAGGCGGUGGUUCUGGCUCCUUAUUUGUGAUUUUGUACAGCUAGCCGUCAUUUGCGUUUCCAUGCAGCUGGCUGGAAGGUAUGGAGGAGAAUGGGACACCACCGUUGUAAUGUCUCUCCGUGAAAGAACCUCCGGACUGCUUUGGUUUUAGGUGGCUAAUCCACUGCCUCCCAGCAACCAUCAUGCCUUAUGGAAUAUUCAUGGGCCACCAAUGACAUUCCAGCGGGAUCAAUGUUUACAACAGCACUUAUUUUUUGCCAACAAUUAGCCUCCUAAUAACUUCUUUUUUUAAAUCAGAUUUUCCCCCUGUGCACAACACUACAGGUUUAUUUAAUUUUUUUUAUUUUGAGUUUUUCUACGGAAGUCUUCUCUCCUUUUUGCAAGAGGCUGAUCAUCUAUCAUGAGAUUCAGAAUUUACAAGAGGAAGGUGGUGAUACUGACUCUGGUGGUUGUCGUCUGUGGCCUUGCUUUCUGGAGCAGCGGAAGGCAGAGAAAGAACGAAAGUGCAUCGUUCCCCAAGGAGGUGGAGGUAUUGAGGAGGAGCAGCAGCAUAAGCAGCAGCAGCAGUAGCAUCAACAAUCAUAUCCAGGUGCAAGCUACACCUGCAGUUACCCGAGCACCUGUUCCACCACCUAUUAUUAUACAAGCAAAUGACACACACCAAGAACAAGCGAAGGAGAAAGCCAAAAUGACUAAGCCAGAGGUAGAUAACUCCACUUUAGUUUAUCGUGGCAUUGUCUUCCAACUCAACUUUGACCAGACAAUAAGAAAUGAAGAAAAGUUUAAGACAGUACGACAGAAGAAUGAUCUGGUCGUGUUGGUCCAGGUCCAUAACCGACCUGACUACCUGAAGCUGUUGGUGGAUAGUUUGCGAAAGGCUAGAGGAGUAGAGAACAUAUUGCUGAUAUUCAGCCAUGACUACUGGUCCCCAGAGAUAAAUAAAGUGGUGGCCUCUAUUGACUUCUGUCAAGUCCUUCAGAUUUUCUUCCCCUUCAGCAUCCAGCUGUAUCCCCAAGAAUUCCCUGGAAAUGACCCCAGGGACUGUCCCAGAGACAUUCCAAAAAAAGACGCCUUAAAAUUGGGAUGCAUCAAUGCAGAGUACCCCGACUCUUUCGGCCACUACCGGGAGGCCAAGUUCUCCCAGACGAAGCACCACUGGUGGUGGAAGCUGCACUUUGUGUGGGACAGAGUCCGAGCACUCAAAGACCACAAGGGUCUUGUUCUGCUGAUAGAGGAGGACCACUACUUGUCUCCAGACUUUAUCCAUCUCUUAAAGCUGAUGACAGUUCUCAGGAGGGAGCAGUGCACCGACUGCGACAUCCUUUCACUGGGGAGCUACAGCCACAUCAGCUACUCCAGCAAAGCAAAUAAGGUGGAGGUAAAAGCCUGGAAGUCCACAGAGCACAACAUGGGGAUGGCUCUGAGCAGAGAGACAUACCAGAAACUCAUCCAAUGCACUGACACGUUCUGCACUUACGAUGACUACAACUGGGACUGGUCCUUGCAACACCUGACAGUGUCCUGCCUGCCGUCCUAUUGGAAGGUCAUGGUGAGCGAAGCGCCGCGGAUUUUCCACGCAGGAGACUGCGGCAUGCACCACAAGAAAGCUUCUUGCAUGCCUGUCAGUCAGAAAACAAAGAUCGAAAACAUCCUGCAGAGCAGUGGAAACCAGCUGUUCCCAAAAAGCCUCCUGAUCACGAAGAGACUGCCAGCCAACGGGGCCGGAGGGGUGGCCCCACAUGUGAAAAACGGGGGCUGGGGAGAUAUCAGGGACCACGAACUUUGCAAGAGUUAUAUUCGAUUACAGUGACCUUAAUUGCUAAUAUUAUAUAAUAUUGUCUCUUUUGCAUCCUAUAUUAAAAAAAACUAAAUCUUUAUGGACUAUUCUUCAUAUGCCUGUUUUAUUGGACUGUUUUCUUGGAUUGUUUCAAAUAAAGACGAAUGUUGGA